AAUGAUGUCGGAGCAAUGGCUGCUCCCUGUGCCCAUGUCGACAAUAGGGUUUUGUAACUCAAAUGGCCCUGAGAAUUCAUGUUAGUGUUAGAUCUGUAUUCAACACAGUUGGCAUGAGUUAAGGCCAUCGUUGCGGCUGAUUCAGACACUGGGAUAGCGAAAAGCGACUUGUAAGGUGUUGUCCAUGUUGGCACGGAGACUACUCCUUGGGCCCCAUAUUUUGCCACACCGCUGUUCACGACCUUCCAGUGGCAUCACGCGACACCAAUACGAUGUCAUUGUGGUGGGAGGGGGCCACGCCGGCACCGAGGCGGCGGCCGCAGCAGCUCGCGUGGGGGCAGACACUUUGCUCAUCACGCAGAAGAUUCAAACCAUCGGUGCGCUGUCCUGCAACCCUUCCCUGGGCGGGGUAGGAAAGGGGCAGUUGGUGCGAGAGGUGGAUGCGCUGGACGGCCUGAUGGGGCGAGCAGGAGACUGGGCCGGGGUGCACUUCUCCAUCCUGAACCGCAGCAAAGGGCCCGCCGUGUGGGGGCCCCGGGCCCAACUGGACCGCGGGCGGUACCGGGACUUCAUACAGGCGGAGCUGCUGUCUACGCCCAGACUGACCGUAGUGGAGGGCUCCGUGGACCAGCUGCUGGUGGCCGAGAUGGACGCAAACAAGCCAGGAAAACACAGAGUGACUGGAGUGCGCAUGGCGGGCAUGGACACCCCCGUCCAGUGCAGCUCCGUGGUACUGACCACUGGCACCUUCCUGUCUGGCUCACUCUUCAUGGGUCAAACCACUUCCCCUGGGGGGAGGAUGGGGGACCCCCCGUCCUGCGCUGGUCUGUCCCACACGCUGAGGGAGGUGCUCGGGCUCACGGUGGGGCGCCUACGCACCGGCACGCCCCCCCGGAUCGUCAAGGAAACGGUGGACCUGUCCCUCGCCACCGUACAGCCCCCGGACGAGCAGCCUACGCCCUUCAGCUACAUCAACACACGCACACACUGCCCGCCUGAGGAGCAGCUCCCCUGCUAUUUGACCCACACGACCCCGGGAGUGGAGGAGGUGGUGAGGGAGAGCCUCCACCUCAACUGUCACAUUCAGGAAGAUGCCAAAGGCCCCAGGUACUGCCCAUCCAUCGAGUCGCGUGUGCUGCGGUUUCCGGGGCGACGGCAUCAGGUGUGGCUAGAGCCUGAGGGCUUGACCUCUGACCUCCUGUAUCCUCAAGGUCUCUCCAUGACGAUGCCCCCCGACGUCCAGCUUCGUCUCCUCCGAGAGAUCCCUGCCCUCAGACGGGCAGAGAUGCGGACACCAGGUUACGGGGUGCAGUAUGACUUUGUGUGUCCCAUGCAGCUCUUCCCCUCGUUGCAAGUGAAGAAGGCUCAGGGGCUCUUCCUCGCUGGCCAGAUCAAUGGAACUACUGGUUAUGAAGAGGCCGCAGCUCAGGGCCUGUGGGCGGGUGUGAACGCUGGCCGGUCAGCCCUCUCUCUGCCGCCCCUGUCCCUCUCUCGCACGGAGAGCUACAUCGGGGUUCUGAUUGACGACCUGGUCAGCCGCGGCGUGACAGAACCAUACCGCAUGUUCACCAGCCGGGCCGAGUUCAGGACCUCCCUGAGGCCCGAUAACGCAGACCUCAGACUCACACCCAAAGGUUUCGAGGAGGCGGGCUGCGUGUCGGCCGAGAGGUAUACGGAGGCUCUGCGGGUGCGUGAGGGGCUGGACGAGGGCCUUGCUGCGCUGCGCUCCGUCUCCAUGUCCUCCACCCGCUGGAGAGACACACUGGCCUUCACCUGCAUCAGCGAGAGCAGGAGCGUGACCAUGAGUGCCGAGGAUAUAUUGCAGUACAAAGAUGUCUCCUUUGAGAUGUUGGCAUCUGCCAUCCCUGAAGUCUUUUCUCCAUAUUUGGAGUUUGCACAAAGACUGAAGAUUGAAGUCCUCUACCACUCGCACUGUGAGAGACAGAAGAGAGAGAUGGAGAGAAUCGUGGAGGAAGAGAGUCUGCGACUGCCUCAGGACAUUGACUACCUCUCGCUGCCGACCUCUCUCUCCCAGGAGGUUCGGGAAAUCCUGGACAGGGUCCGACCAGACACUUUGGGGGCAGCGACGCGUUUGCCUGGAAUGACCCCAGCUGCCAUAGUUCAUCUACUGAACUACGUGACAAAAGCGCCACGCAGAGGCAGAAAUGCAGCCAGAGGAUCAAUGGACUCGGGUGCAAAACAAGCGCACAGAAAAGAAAAUAGAGGAAACGCACAACCAAACGACAUAGCAGUGCUUCAGUGAUGUAAAAGUAAAAUAUGUAAUAUAUGUAUUUCAAAUGCAUUUAUUUAAUAAAAAAAACUUUUUUU